GCAAUUCUCGUUUCUCAAUUUCUCCUAAAAUACCAGAUGACAAUUAGGUCUAUGUUUCCUACUUUCCUACCCCGUCAAGCAUAACCUAAAGGUAUUUGAGCAUAUAAUUUGAGCACCUGAGAGCUAGGGAGUAAAACCUGAUUGGAGCGCCGAGAGCAGUAAAGCACGACUUCACGAGCUUCGAAACGCUUGGAGACAGUGGCGGCGGAAACUGGGGCGGCUGUGCUCCUGUGUAUUUGUGCGAUUAUUGUCCGAUAAUCAUAUUGUGCAAUCACCGAUCGGCCUGCUCAAGCCUCAGCUCCAAGGAGUUUGUGCGAAGGGGAAGGGUCACUUUUGGGAUUGGGAGUGAAUUUUUUACUUUUGAGAAUUUGGGCCACUUUUGGGAUAGGAUCUUUAUGCAAUUUUUACUUUUGAGAAUUUGAGGCGUUGGGCUAGAAUUUAUUUGGUUUGGCUAAUUUGUUUAAUGGACUGGGGGCAGAUUAUAUUUUUUAUGGGGGGCAAUUAUAUACAAAAUCUUAAAAAAUAUUAUAUAUACAUAUAGAUAAAUUUUUUCACUGGUUACAUAGAGUAGAUCCGCCCCUGCCGGUGGUGCUUCCCAUUCACGGAAUCAACCCAAAACCCUACCUUAGCUUAGCUUAGCUUAGCUUGCGUCAAAACCAGAGAGAGAGAGAGAGAUUGAAGAGAGAGAGUUCAGUUCAUUCAUUGAUUGGAUUGGGUUCAAUUCACUCAAUUCCUCUUUGGCAGUGUGUGUGUGUGUAUGUAUAUAUAUAUAUUUAUAAUAAUUAGGAAUAGAAAAUAUGAAUGAAAAUCAUACUGCUACUACUCAGUUAUUAGAAGAAGUUGUAGCCCACGGCAAACAACUCUUACACAAACUCCUCUCAUCUCUAACCUUGACUCGCCCCCCUAACCCUCAACUCCCCCUCCUCCUCCACAGGAAGGCCACAUCAGGAAUGGAUGAUGAUAUAGAAGAUUCCUCGGCCCAAGACGGGACUAUUAUGAGUCUACAUGGAAAGGGAAUUCAGUUGGUAGGAGAAGUAGCCUACAUUAAUGAUGGCUUAAGGCAAGUGCUAUCAUCUUUAACUUCCUCCAGUCAGCCACGACCCAUCAUACGUACCAGGGGAACAUCAUCAUCAUCAUCAGGUUAUUCGGGAAAUGCCAGAAGAGCAAUGUGUGCAUCACGUAAAGCAGCUGCAUCCAAUUUUGAGUUGAACAAUAAUAAUGGUGCAAAAUAUAAAGCUGAAGAUGCCACAAUCUAUUUUUGUCUGCGAAUCUUUUACAACUCUGCAAAUGAAGCAGAAGAUAACUGGUUUUCUAUUCCAACAUGGCAAAUGCCUCUUAGUACAGACAGAUUCAUCCGUCCCAUCUUUAAGGAGCCAGGUCGAGCCGUUACCUAUCAUGAUACUCCUCCAAUUGCGGUAGGGCCUUAUAUCUUCAUCAUCCAUGAGGUAGAGAAGACCAACGAGGAAGAGAUGCCCUCGUGGUCUGUGUUUUAUCGCGAUACACAAAAUAAGAGCAAGGACGGAUGGAUGGAAGCUCCGCGCCUGCAUGGAGACACCAAUGGUUACUACUUCUUUCACGCCAAUGACAAGAUUUAUGGAUUGGGAAUCCUUGGCCGCUCAUAUUUUCGGGGUGGCUCAUAUGGUGAUCCAAAGGAUCUCUCAUUUGAUUUGAGGUGUCUUGAUUGCCGCCAUGAAUUGAACCAAAGCUGGCAGUCCAUAUAUUCCAAUAUUCCCAUUGAUAGUAUUGAACUCUCAAACCACUGCUCGAACAAAGUUCAGGCAUUCAAACUUGAGUAUGCAACUACUACUGAUUCGGCUACCGGUAAAACCAAGCCCCAUCCUAGGCGUGCGUUGAUAUUUAUUAGACUGGGGUGCUGGAUUUCCUAUGAUUUUGAANGAACCAAAGCUGGCAGUCCAUAUAUUCCAAUAUUCCCAUUGAUAGUAUUGAACUCUCAAACCACUGCUCGAACAAAGUUCAGGCAUUCAAACUUGAGUAUGCAACUACUACUGAUUCGGCUACCGGUAAAACCAAGCCCCAUCCUAGGCGUGCGUUGAUAUUUAUUAGACUGGGGUGCUGGAUUUCCUAUGAUUUUGAAUGCAAUGAAUUCAAUGUGUCUAAGAAGGUGCACAAAAUUUUCAGGCAGCUGUAUGACUGCGAAGCUGUAAGUCUUGGGGAUGUGUUUUACUCUUUGGUCAAGGAUGAGCGGCGAGGUGUAAUAGUCCCUCUUAUGGCCUACAUCCACCCCUUUUCUGCCGAUAAAGGGUACGAAACUCCAGUGCUUGGUUUGGGCAACAUAGACAAUGCUUUGCCAGUGGGCUAUAGAAAACGUGUAUAUUCAGAUAUUGAAGUGGUACACCCCCCUUCAAAGUUGUUGCUCAUAGGCGAAGGACGUCUCUGUAUUCUUUGGGCUGAGAUGCGCCCUCCCACCAAGCUUAUUUACUGUACCGUAUUUAAUGUGUGUGUGGAGGGUGAUGAUGAAAAGCCACACGCCGUAAAUGUUUCCACCAGGGUGUACAAGGUCAGGGGUGCUCAUGGGCACAAUUUACAUGCUGUCGCUAUUAGCGGUAAGAUGAUAUCGCAAUUCAUGAAGAGAGAAUCCACACAGGCUGGAGGCUGGUUUGAGGGAAGCUCUUCGAAAAUUGGAUGCCAAGGGAGGGGGAGGCAAGUAAACAAAGAGAAUAAAGAGGAGAAGAGGAAGAAGAAAAUUAGAAGAGGAUAAUAACAGAGGAAGACUGAGGACAGAGUUGAAAAACUCCAAACCGAAAGAUUGAAAACAAGAGGAAGGCAAGGGAAUCAAAGCCAAAAGUUUAAGUAACUUUCUCUGUCGUUUUAAUACCAAACGAGGUGAGGGACUCAUUUCCCCCCUCAUCCCUCCAACCAAACAUGCCUUUAAGGUCCUUGGUAGACUUUUUACAUUAGCCAAAUAUUUUUUUAAUAUUAUAAAAACUUAAUGUUUAGAAGGAAUGUAUUGAAUUGAUAUUACAUUUUAACACAAUGUUGUAGGGGUGAACAAGUAUCAAUAAAAUUGAGAAAACUGA